AUGCUCAGCAGAUUAUUGCGGGUGAUGGUGCUGCUGAUAGACUGGUGUUAUAUUACCAUACAAAUCAUAAAUCCUGUUUCACAACUCCUGUUGUGGGUUUUAAGGAGUGCUUGGGCGGUCCUGCCCCAGUGUUCAUACAGCGAUUUAGCCUCCGAGCGGCUGAAUGGCAGAGGUCCCAGCACGAGGCGCAAAGCCUCCACGGCGCUGGAGUCCUUCAAGCGGAUCGGCAUCCCCGUCCUGGCAGCGGUGCUCUGCCUCGCCUGCCUGGUUGCGGUCGGGUUCCUGGUCAAGGUGUACCUGGAGCACCACUACUUCUUCUGCAAGCAGCCCCUGAAGCUGGUGCCGCUGCAGCAGGUGUGCGACGGGCAGGUGGACUGUCUGCAGGGGGACGACGAGGCCAACUGUCCCCAGUGGGUCCCUGAGGGACCACCACCUGGGGCUCGUGUUUCCAAGGACAGAUCCAUCCUGCAGGUGCUUAACAGACACACCGGAGCCUGGUCCUGCAUCUGCCACGACCACUUCAACCUGGUGCUGGCAAAAGCCGCCUGUGAGCAAAUGGGCUACUGGAGCACCCCCACGUUCCGGGCAGCGGAGGUGGGCGCAGGGCAGCCCCUGCCUCCCCGCGAGGUGGUGCUGAGCAACGGCAGCCUGCAGAUGCCCGAGCCGGGCAGGAAAUGCCUCUCUGGCCGGGUUGUUUCACUCUUUUGUUCCGAUUGCGGGGAGAGCAUACGGACCACGCGCGUGCUGGGCGGCAGUCCAGCCGCCAUCGAGGCUUGGCCGUGGCAGGUCAGCUUGCAGUACAAGAAGGAGCACAUCUGCGGGGGCAGCAUCAUCGACCCCCGCUGGGUCCUGACGGCAGCGCACUGCUUCAAGAACAACCCCGUUGUUCAGAGCUGGCGCGUGAAGGCUGGCUCCGACCUCCUCUCAGGCACCGCCACCCUCGCGGUAGAGAAGGUCUUCCUGGCCGAGGUGACGCCCGCAUCCCCCAAGGACAACGACAUUGCCCUGGUGAAGCUGCGGUCUCCCCUGCGUGUCUCAGAGAGCCGCAAGCCCAUCUGCCUGCCCUAUUUCGAUGAGGAGCUGGUGCCAGGCACAUCCCUGUGGGUGAUCGGCUGGGGCUACACGCAGGAGCACGGCAAACUGUCGGAGACCCUGCAGCAGGCGGAGGUGAAACUCAUAGACAACGAGAGCUGCAACCUGGCCACCUACCAUGGGGAGGUGACCGAGCGGAUGCUGUGUGCCGGCCUGCCCCAAGGCGGCGUGGACACCUGCAAGGGGGACAGCGGCGGGCCCCUGCAGUACGCGGGCAGCCACUGGCAGGUGGGGGGCAUCGUCAGCUGGGGCCAGGGCUGCGGGACCCCCAGCACGCCCGGUGUCUACACCAGCGUCCGUGCCUACCUCAACUGGAUCUACGCUGUCCGGAGGUCGGAGCUCUGA